AUAUUUAAAAAAGAAAUACAUUUUGCAUGUCGGACAGUGCUGUUCUAUCAAAAAAGUUAAUUUACGUAUGUGUUCGUCUCGUCGUUACGCUGUCUCAAUGAAAUCAUUUUAACUUAACGCCAUGCCGUCAACUCCAUCGGUUGAAACACCCGCAGCUCAAACACAAAAUCGCCAGUCCAAAACGGCCAUAGUAGUGAGUGAGCAAAAAUUGCAAUUGCAAAAUGUAAAGCGUUCUUAUUCCGUAUCUUCGAGCGUAUCUUCGUCAGCUUCAUUAGAAGCCGCUGGGUCUACAGCUUCUCAAUCAGUAGGUGAGAGAAGUGUUGCCAUUGCUCUACCGCAACCACUUUUGACGUCUCCAUCAUCAUCAUCAUCAUCCUCAACCUCAACAAACGUUGCAGCUACAAUUGCAGCAGUUCAUCAUCAGCGCCAAUCUUACUCUUUAGUGCAAAAAGAAUCAUCGUUGCGCUAUCAAGUUAAGCCAAACCAACACCUCGCAAAUAUUUCGCUAUCGCUAACAAUGACUACGUCAGAAACGGUGCCAUCGUUAACUGGAUCAUCUGUGGCUAGUCUAGGUACUUCAGAGGCUACUUCACGUCAGUGCACCAACGCCAAAACAAAAGUAACACCGUUAACUUCGCAGAAGAUACACCGAACCAUACCAUCUGAUAAAAUUAACCUACGUUUAAUCCUCGUUAGUGGCAAAACCAAAGAAUUUAUAUUUAACCCAUCAGAUUCUGCUGGCGAUAUUGCACAAACAGUAUUCGAUAAUUGGCCAGCUGAUUGGAAGCGCGAAGCCGUUUCAAAGGCAGAAAUUUUACGUUUGAUUUAUCAGGGACGUUUUCUUCAUUGCAAUGUAACGUUAGGAGCGCUGGGACUUCCAUUAGGCAAGACGACUGUUAUGCAUUUAGUGCCUCGUGAUAAUUUGCCUGAACCCAAUUCGCAAGAUCAAAGACAAAAGAGUAAAGGCGGUUCUGGAAGUUGCUGUUCGACAACGUGCUGCAUUUUGUAACUAAUUUUGUAAAUAAAAUAAAUUACUUAAAUUAAUUAAUGAUAAAUGAAGUACUACAACUAUUACAAUUUUUGCGCUUUCAAGAUGUUUUUAGGAAUCAAAACGACAGACUCCGUUUCGUUAAAAAUAUUAAUGUAUAUACAAAAAAUAUAUUUUAUUGAUACACUCUAUAAAUGCGUGAAUUUGUAAGCAAAACCUAAAUGCUUUUUCUGUUUUAGCUCUAAUAGCAUAACAUGUAAUAUAUUACCAAUACAAUACAAUAUACGUUGAGCAAUCUUUACCGUAAAAUUAAAUGAAAAAAAUAAAACAAAAUAUCUUUAUGCACUAACUAAGCUAUACGUAGAGAUAAGGUAACCAAACCAAAUGUACCCAAGUCCUAAAUAUAAUAUGAAUGUAUUUACGCACUUAUGAUUU